UGCGAAAUUUUAAUUUUGCUGUGGUUACUGGUUACCUACCAAUCCACAGAAGGUUAAUAAGAGUAAAGUUUAAGCGUUGAUCAUUGUUGCUGACAGUAAAUACGUCAGGUUAAGUAUUAAGUGCAAUAGAAUUCGGUUGGUGUGACCGCUUUUACGAUCUGUAUUCUGUAUUAUUGUUGAACGUAAAAUACUGGUGCGAUGGCUGCAACGCUUUUCAAUGGAACCUCAAACAGCUCCAACGAUAUAACUAUUGACAUGUUGGACUAUCAGUACAUUGACAAUUGCUCCAACAUUAAGGAGCUUGAAAAAAUACUAAGGGCUCUCAGAUCUGGUAAAGAUGGUUAUUACCCCCAUCUCAUAUCACACUGUGAAGAUAAAGUUAGAGGAAUGAAUCCUACAAGCAAAGCUCUGCGAAAACUAAACCCGAUCACCAGAACAAAGGACUUGCCAGCUGAUGAGGCUGAGGUUAUAACAAACGGAAUUGGAGAAUGGAAAAAUGAAAUUCAUUCAAAUGCAUCUGAUGAUCAGGUUAAUGGUUGCAACAUUCCACCAGUCAGACAAACAACUACUUUGAAAGGGACUAAAUCAACAGUUACCAAUCCAAGUUCAAAAAGCCAAAGAAUAAGGAGCUACGAUUACAAGGCGUGGGAUAAGUUUGAUGCAGAUAAGGAAUGUGAAAAUGCAGAGAAGCAACCACAAGAGAAGCCAAGAACAACCCCAACCUCAAAAAUGUCUGAUAAAGUUGAUGCCACUGGAUUAUCAGAAUAUGAAAUGCUAGUUCGAGCAACUUCAGAAAAAGACAAAGGCAACGAAGCUUUUAAAUCAGCUGAUUUUGAGGCAGCUCUCACUUAUUAUUCACGGAGCAUUAGUCUGUCACGGACAGCUGCGUCCAUCAACAACAGAGCUCUGGCUUACAUCAGACUGCAAAGGUGGAAGGAGGCUGAGUCAGACUGUAAUGAAGUUUUACAGCUUGAGCCUGAUAACUUGAAAGCAAGACUGAGGCGAGCCACUGCUCGAAAGGAACUGUUAAAAUAUAUUGAAGCAAAGAACGAUCUCAGCUUUGUAUUGGAUAAGGAGCCUCACAAUACAAGGGCAUCGAAAAUCUUAGAAGAAGUUGAGCAAAAUCUUUCAAAGAGUUCUUCUGGUGAUGCGAGCCAGAGUUCGAGGACUGGAAGAAAGAUGAUGAUCGCUGAGGUUUCAUCUGAUGAGGAAGAAACUGAUCCUCCAACCGCAAAUCACUGUGAGAUAAAGGAAAAAGACGUACCAGAUACUGUACAGAGUGAAGUUGCACCUAUAUCUGCAACUGUCAAUGGAGACGAUACAGAAAAAGUUUCCAAGGAUGACAAAGUAGGUCCAGGUGAUGUUGAAACUACAUUUGCUGCAGAGGAGCCACAUGUGGAACAGCCACCACCUGAAAUGCCACAAUCUGUGCUUAAAAUUAAAAAUUCUGGCAAAGAGUUAUUUUUGAGUGGUCAAUACGCUGAUGCUGCACAGUUGUAUACAAAAGCACUUAAUACACUUCAGGCUUGUGCGGAUAAGUCUCCGGAUUUGGAUCAUAGCUGCAAUAUUGCACUUCUUUAUAAUAACAGAGCUGCGUGUCAUUUAAAAGUAGGUGAUGACAAGGCAUGUAUUGCUGAUUGCAAUGAGGUGCUUAUACUGAAAGGAAUGGACACAAAGGCCUUAAUUCGUCGUGCUUACGCAUUUGAGCAUAUGGAGAAGUACCAGCAAGCAUAUUUGGAUUUCAGGUCAGCUCAAACUGUAGAUUGGUCCAUCAAACAGGCACAAGAUGGUGCUAACAGAGUUGCAAGCCAUCUGAGAGAUAUACAUGGCCCAAAGUGGAAAUCUGUGUUAACAGGCGAUCGUAUGAUAGUAACACAACAUCAGAAAACUACCAAUUCAAACCAAGAAGAUGACACUAAACCAAGCGCUCAAAAACAAUCGAAACCUGACUAUGUUAAAUCCACCAUUAAACCAAAUAAUGUUCCAAAACAAGAAAUUAAAAAAGAAAAAUCCAACAAGAGUAAAAGACCGCAAAAAUCAAAGGCAGUUCCAAAACAGAAGGCAGCUGGUAAGGCUGCAGGUGCCAAGGAGAAAAGUUCAAAUCCAACAGAAGCAGAUCGUGAAAAAAAGAAAGAAGAAAUUCGUCGAAAUCUCUUUGAUUCAUUGAAGAAUAAUGGAAACACAGAAGUAAAGAAAGGAAACUUUGAAAAAGCUGUUGAAUGCUACACUAAAUCUAUGAAUAUAUGCCCUGAUGAGAUAGCCAGUUAUACCAAUCGUGCACUGUGUUACUUGAAACUUAACAAGCCAGUUUCUGCCAUUGAAGAUUGUACAGAAGCCAUAAAACGCGAUCCUAAAAAUAUCAAAGCAAUGUUCCGCAGAGCACAAGCAAAUAAGAACCUUAAGAAGUACAAGCAAGCUCUUGAUGAUCUAAAUAAAGUGUUGCAACUGGAGCCUGAGAAUAAGUCCGCCCACGCUGAGCUGAUGGUGGUCAGGAAAUUAAUGAACAACAUAAAUAAUGAAGAUUUUAUCAUCAAGCCAUCUUCGACAACAAAAAGUCCAAUGAAGAGUAAAGAUGCUGCGAAGAAGGAAAAGAAGAGAAAGAUCAUCAUAGAAGAUGCAGAUAGCGAUGAGGAGGCUGUGAACAUUAGUGAAAACAAUGGUAAAGAGGAUACAGUUAAAACAACUCCAAUAAAACCUGAUAUCGUCACAAAUGGUGUUGCAAGCAAGGAGGAAGUUCAAUCAAAACUUGAGAAUAUCAAACCUACUGUUGAACUCGAGGAAAUAAUGAAACAGCAAGUCCAAACAACUGAAGUUAUUGAGAAAAAAACAGAACAAACUGAACCGAACUUAAAGCUCAAAGAGCCCGAAGAAAUAAAACCAACUUUGGAUAAUCCUAUAGUUACAUCCACUAAAGAUGGUGUUAUAUUACCUCAAGAAAUAAAGUCACCGGUACAGCCAAAUGAAGAUACCAAACCAUCCAUUCAGCCCCAGGACCCCUUGACACCCACUAAUACAUCAACCAACCAUAUUUACAUGAACAAUACAGCACCUUUUGUUUCUCCAUAUGAGUUUGGAAAUGCAUGGAACGCAGUGCAACCCAAACAUGCUGUCAGCACAUAUAAGAUGAUACUUGACCGAGUGCCAGUUAAAAAUAUUCCAGAGCUGGUCACCAACAAGACUACAGAUCAUAUGAUUGUCACAUUUGCAAAGAUAGCACGCUAUCAUCUCAUUGCUGGGGUGAAAGAGGAAGUAGACAGAGCUUAUGGCAUCCUCAGUUCUUUAUCUUUGGCUCAACGUUUCAAUAUGGCGGCCAUGUUUCUUUCUAAACCUGACAAGAAGCAUGUGUCUGCUGCAAUCGAUGACUUAGAAGCUGCGUUGGACACUGGCUCCUUUACAAAAGCAGAUGUCGAAAAUUUAAGAGUUACAUACAUGCUUUAGUAGAUACUAAAUUCUUCAAAAAUGAAUUACCACUUAAUUGAUCCGUCAUAAGCGAUACAUAAGAUCCGCUCUUGUUCUGGACUAUGGUCAAGUGAAAACUUUUCAUAUUUAACAUAAUAAAUUUGUAUGGAAUAUCUUAUUACAAAAGUAUCCAUUUAUUUCUUUUUGUUGCUGUGUAUCUUUUUAGUAUGUUAUUUUUAUGUUUUACUAUAUUUUUAUUUAACUUCAAUCUGAUUGGUUCCCUUGCUGGUAUGCAACAAUUAUUCUUCUAAACUGUUUCGGUAUGAUAUGUGUGAAACUACUCCUUGCUUUAUUUAAGUUGUAAAUAAAUGUUUGCAGCUUUGUUAUCUAU